UGGCAGCGCCCGUGGUAAUCAAAAAAGAACCAACUCCGUUUUUGCGGAUGUAAAAUUCAAGUAGUUUCUCAAGAAUUGUAUAAUAAGUUACAAAAGGAAAUCUGCUCAGUGAGGAUCAUCGCUCAGAAUGGAUCAAAGAUAUUUUGAGAACAUUGUUUUUACCCACGGACAAUCCAUAAACAGAGAUGCUACAUCCCCUGUGACUCCUAGGCCAGACGGAGACGGCAAAGAAAAUACGACUAGCACCAAUGAACCCCCUGGAACGAGAUCAGCAACUCACCGCUUUCAGCAGCCUGCGUUCUUUGAUAGUAAUAAUAGAAACUCGACUGAUUUGGCUCUGCAAGAGCGCAAGCACCAGCUUGAUGUGACGGCAGCACCAAGUUCUCAACACAAAGUAACUUUUGACAAUGGAGGGCAAGAUGUGUACUCUCAACUGGAGGCGGUUAGGAAAGAAAAGCAUAAAUUGGAAAAGAAACUGUCUGGGUUGGCGAGAGAGUUGAGGACGGUUACAGACGAGAAGAUGGAGAUGGGUGUUGAAAUGGCUGUCCAGAAUCAGGUUAACAGAGAUCUGAAAAAGCUUCUUGUAGCCUCGAUGGGUUCUGAUCUUCAAGCCCAGUUGGAGAAUUUAUCAUCUGAGCGUGCCCAGUUGGCGCAAGAUCUUGAGAAUACCAUAAAGACGCUGGCUACGGAGCGAGAGACGUUGGAACGAGUCAACAUUCAGUGUGACGUGUGGAGGAGUAAAUUCCUUGGCAGUAGAUUGCAAGUGGAUGAAGCGGUGACAUCCAGAACUCGCCUUGAUAUGGCCCUUCAAGAAGCCUGCUUUGCCCUCAAGAAAACUGUAGAAGAACGAGAUGAAAUACGAACACACAUGAUGCAAACACAAAGAUUACUCCACUACCUCUCCAAUGCUCUACAGAGAACUCACAGUCUUUCAGAGGACACCAAAACCUCGAGUAACGUCCUAACAUUAGCGCUGCUCAAUGAGCAAAUGGCCUCCAUGAUAUCCAAACACCUACUGGGAGAUGUCGGACACUCGCAACAGAAGAGCACAUCACAGUUUGAGUUUGUCGAGUGGACGUCGGCGGAGAUGCUCGCUAAGGAAAUUCUACUGAACAGGCAGCCAUCGCUGAAAUUAGAACAACUUAAGGCCUUGCCCUCUUCAGCGAUGUCAUUAUCAGCAGAUUCUCUACCGAAAACCAACAUAGCUCAACGAUUCCAUCCACAUACAACGUAUGAGAAUUUAACCGUCAACUGUUGUAAAUACUGCAAGGGGGACAUCAAGCUGGUUUAAUCAGACUUAAGCCCGGUUCAUACUUCCUGCGAAUGCGAAUGCGAAGCGAAUUUGACAUGAAUUUGA